AUUUGGCAGUGUGUACUACGAACGACUCUCAUGAAUGGCCCAGAGACUCGAGGGGCAAUCCACAUGAGCGUUCAUCUGACAUCUACCUGAACACGAUGGAUUUUUCACCUGUUGAAUAGUGGCAGUGUUUCAAUAUGCUUUGUUUUUGUGGAUUUACUUCAAAUUUGGAUACCAUCGGACUGUGUGUUUCGCCGUGCGGCCAGGCGGGGCCCCGACCCCUCGUAUAGCGAAGAAUGGUGUCUUGCACUGUCAUUCGCAUUUUUACCUUAGCCGCUUUUUUAGGACGAGUGGCAUUAGAGUACAGAGGAUACAACGGAGGUUCUUUGUCCAGCACAUUAGAUACUUUCCACCAACACACAUGUGACGGCGAGUCGAUGACGGUCAAGUGUCCACAGAAGACCAUCAUCAGCAUACAGUUUGCCCAAUAUGGCCGCCAGGUCCCGAGCAGCGAGAUGUGUCCGGCAGCAGGGUCAUUGCACAGCGGCGUGUACGGCAACACGUACAGGACCUACAGGAACUACCGCUCACUGUCAUACAGGCAGAAGGAGGAUACCAACUGCCAAGCCACCACCUCCCUACAGGUGCUCCUUGACUUGUGUCAGAACCGACACUCCUGCCACCUGGUGGCCAGCGCCAAAACCUUCGGCCAGGACCCAUGCCCAGAAACAUCCAAAUACCUGGAGGUGGCCUACAAGUGUCAGCCAGAUGGGUACGAGAGCCAGGUGGUGUGUCAGGGGGAGCAGAUGGUGCUGUGGUGCAAGCGGUCCACACGGGUCGCCAUCUACUCCGCCAUGUUUGGUCGUACACCCAACGGGACCAAUGUCUGUGAAUACAGCGGCCCAAGACACAUAGACUGCCAGGCGCGGAACACUGUGGAGGCAGUUCGCAGCAAGUGUCAUGGCCGCAAGCAGUGUGUGUUGGAGGCGGAGGAGUACGUCUUCGGAAACCCUUGCGAGGAAAGGGUCAAUAAAUAUUUAAACGUAACUUAUACAUGUGUUCCUAAAAAAAUAUUUAAGGCAGCUCACCGGAAAGAAAGGAGGCGGCACCACAAGAAGAAGGACAGGAAGAAUUCCCUGCGAAGCAGCAGCACCGAGGCCGGCGUCUUCACCAAGUACAGUGAGACAUCCACGCCCACGUACAAGACAUCCAGGAAGGCAGUCACAGUCAGGCCUGAGCAGGCUUCAGCAGAUGCUGCAGGGUCUGACAAAAAGUCAGGUGAAGGAAACCCCAGCACUGUCAACACUGACAAAAAGCCCGGUGAAGGAAACCCCAGCACUGUCAACACUGACAAGGAGACGCCCAUCAAAGACAAGACUAAGCCAACUGAGACCAGUAGCAGCACCUCCAACCCCUGCGACAACUACACCACCGUCCCUGCUGGUCAACAGAGAGACAGGUCCAUGGGGAUUCUCAUGAACUGGCUUAAUGCUGUCAACUUUUUGAACAAGAAUGCUGAGAAGGUUAUCCUGUAUCUAGUCCUAGGAGUCUGUGUCGGGAUCAUCAUUCUCCUUACCGUGAUUCUCAUCAAAAUUGGACGUGAUUAUAAACGCAAUGUGCGCGCCAAACUGGACGUUACAGAGCCCACCCAUAGUCAUAAUGUCACCUCCAAUCAUCAUCCUUUGGAGGCUUCGUCAAUAGAACGGGCGGAAUCUAUAGACCGUAUCGAAGUUGUACGAUUUAGCCCUCGUGGCACGUUACGAAAUGACACAGGAACAAGGAGUUUAAGUAACUAUUAUGGCUGAAAUGUUCCAACAUUCUAGUGCAAAUGUGUGCCAUGGCUGGUAACCAAAGGAUUUGUGAUAGUUGAGAGUUACCUCCCUUGAAACAAGGUUAUCUCCCCUUGUUAUGUGGUUGUGAUGUGCAAGUGCAAUUGUUAUGGAGAUAUUUGUGAGAAGAAAAAGAAGAUAUUUUUGUGCAUUUUCACAAAAAUUCUUUUAGAUGCAACUUACAAGUUGUGCAUUAUCCCCCAGCGACAGUUUUCGGGCAAUAAUAGUGCUGUUGAAAUGUGUACAUAAUGAGGUCAUUGUGUUGAACCCACAUGUGGGUGUGAAGAACAUGUGAGGGAAAACAGAUGAGGAUGCACCAAGAUAUUCAUGUCUGCCAGGAGCCGUCUGUGUUAACGGGGAUCGUUAUGGAACUUACACAUUACAAUAAAAGCCCUUACAAAUCAUGGGCUGAAAUAUGAGUUAUUGAACAAAUUGAUCUUUUUCAAGAAUUCUUAAGCUGUCAGUCACUCGAAACUGAAAACUUGAAACAGGCACAGGAUGUAUGCUCUCAUGAACCGGAUGAUGAAGCCAAGUGUAUGAGAGUUGAAAAGGGGCAGAAGCGAUUCUCACAGUUCCGUCAACUCUUAUGUCAGCAUUCAUGCCUUAAUGUUCAUAAACAUUAUUGGCGAACCAACCCGCAACGUAAAGUGACUUUUUUAAGCCCAUGUUCCUUUUUACUCAUUAACAAAGCUAAGGCCAACAAGAUUUUCAGCCAACAGGCAGAGGCGACAUUAAAAAUUGACCACUUGAUAUUCUAUUGUGGAGGAGAGGGGGGGGGGGUAGGGGUGGCUGGGAAUCUUAUUGGAGAAACAUUAUUUUUUUCAGUUAGACAGUACUUCUUCAAGACAUAAAUUUUCUUUACUCUCAAAGGAGGAGUCAUAUAUAUUUUUAAUUGUCUGUCCGAACAUCCAAUAUGUUCAAUAAAACAAUAUUGAUAAUGAUAAACAUUUUUGUAAAACGUGACGGUAAAUUUUUUCCAGCAAUUUUGGGACAGAUUUACCCCCCCCACCAA